UUGAGCCUAUGAAAAAAUUAUGUUCUCCAAAUUCGAAAUGAUUUUCCUGCUUUUGUGCUCUCUCGUUGAUGCCGGUCUUUGCGUCGACUGUAGCAAAAAUCCGUCCGAUUCUGCAAAACCCGAGCACAAGUUGAGGUACCAACUUUUCUGCAAAGGCGAGUACGACCCUCUAGUGCGGCCGGUAAAGAAUCACGAGGACAACAUCACUGUCAGAGUAUUUUUAAAUCUCAAAUUCUUCAGCGUUGAUGAAGACAGCAAUAAGUUUAUGAUGCACAGCUGGGUCAUCACGAAAUGGUUUGACGCGGACCUAACAUGGACACCUUUAGAACACAAUGGCAUCGAUCAACUUGUUGUGUCCAGCAGCGCAAUUUGGCUUCCAGACUUAGCAAUUUUCAAUUCGGACAUGAGCCAAACAAUGCUGUACUCGUCCACUGACUGCACGGUGGAGAGUACCGGCGAGGUCAAGUGCGCACCGGACCUUCAGGCACCCGUUUACUGCGACAUGAAGCUGCAGAAGUGGCCGUAUGACACGCAAAAGUGCUCCCUGUACAUCAGCACGUGGGUCAACACCGGCAACCUGGUCGACGUUGUUAUUCACCAAAAGGGCUUCAGGGAUUUUGAGCUUAUGCAAAACGGAAACUGGGAACUUUUCAAUAGGACGGCGCAUAGAGAAGCGAAUAUCGGCCCACAAAAUUUAAGCUACCCUUACCUCCAAUUUGAUUUUGAAUUGAGACGACACGCUGCCUUGUACUCGGCUUCCGUCAUUGGACCAGCCUUUGCGCUUGCUGCAUUGAUGAUGUCGACCUUUCUUAUGAAGAGCUUGGCAAUAAGGUGCGUGAUUUGCUGCACUGGAUUAAUAUGCGACACCCUGUUCCUUCAAUAUGUUGUUUGGAACUUACCAGCUAAUGGAGAUACCAGUCCCACCAUAGUUUCCUUUUAUCGAGACACUCUGAUUUUGAACCUGGCGGCAAUGGCAAUUGCCAUAAUCACGGACCAAAUGCGAUCCGCCGGAGAUGGAGGGUGCGCUGACCUUUGCGGGGGUCAAGCGCCCAAGUGGCUGGUCGGCGCUGCGACCUUUGUGAGGGGUCGGGGCGGCAAGGCGGGUCAACUCAUUCUUGGCGUUCAAAUCCCUCAGCCUGAAGAGAUUUCGCCGCGAGUUUCUGAGAAAGGUGGGAUUCCGCAGUGCGAGACAUUUGCUACGUUUGUCGAUCGCUCUUCAUUGCUUGCGUUAGGAAUUGUCCAGAUUUUCAUGCUCAUCACACUUGUGCCGUGAAUUAUUCAACUGCAACUCUAUAUAAUCUGUAAGAAUAAAUAAUUCAAAAAUAUUUCCUGUCACCAAGUUUAUUUUCUUGUAAAAUUAUUUAAAUUAAAAAUUACCAGCAUUUCAACGUUUUGAUCAUCACCAUAAUGAAAGAGGCCAUUAAAAUAAUUAAGAACAAAAAUUUAGUCAGCCUAGGCUCACUGCGGCGGACGGGGUCUUUUUGAUCUCGGAAGUCUGAGCAAAAUUCUUACUAGUGGUGGUGCCGUUUUGUCCAACAAUUCCUUUUUUUUCUCAAAUAAAUGUUUUGAACAAUUGUAACAACAAUAAUCAUAAUGAAGUAGAAUUUUUAGUGAAAAUUUACUCACCGCUUUAAAAGGUGUUUAAAGGAAAAAGUUUUUUUUUUUUAAAUAUUUAUUUAUUUUGCUGAAUAUUUUUACUAGUUAAAUAAAUUAUUCAUUGUCAUUUACCGUGCAUUAUAUAUGUAUAUUAUAUGUAUUUUUUUAAAUAUAUGUACACAUAU